UUUUCUUUUUUUUCGAAGUAUCAGUGAUGCCAUCGUAUGGAUCCAAGCUACCGCCGCAGCCGCUGACGCCGGCGUCGUUUUCCCUGCGUGGGGCAGGCUUUCUCGUCGCCACUGCGUUCAUCGUGAGUGUGGUCUUCAUGGUGGCGGUCAUGCAGUCCGUGGGGGUGGACGAAAUCGCAUCGAAUCAGCUGCAGAACGACGGCGCAUCAUUCCCGGCACUUCGUCUCGCAGCAGACACUGCGUUGGUCCAAGCGCGAGUCUUGCAAAACCUACCGUUGAGUGUCAAUGCAGAGGGAAGCAGUACUAUGCGGGUUUCUAUCGCCUUCAGUCAGGACCACCCCGUCACUCAAGGACAAUAUGUGCCAAUGGACGAGGCUAAAGCAGCUCCGAGUGUCUCCAUUGAAGGGAGCGCAACCGACAGCACCGAGCGCUACACAUACAUGCUCAUCGACAUUGAUGCCCCGGAUCCAAAGGCUCCGACACACGCGCCAUUCCUGCACUACAUUCUAGCGGACUUGGCAGUGAAUGGACAAAGCGCUCAAAAGAACGAGGUCGUGGUGGUUCCUUACUACCCGGUGACCCCUCCUGUUGGAGAACACCGUUACGUGUCGCUUUUGUUCCGCCAACAGGAAAGUGAUUCCAUUGCACCCGAUGCAGAGCUCACAUCCAAACGCUCCAACUUUGACGUAGCUGGAUUCGCCAAGAAGCACAAGUUGGAUCUCAUUGACAAAAGUUAUUUCCAUUCGCACCCAACCGCCCAAGACAACUGAAAGACAAAAAGGAAAAGACAGCUGCAUACUUUUUCACAAGAUUGCUUAAGUAUAGCUACACUGGUUUAAAAUUCUAACGGCAUUCAUCAGUACGGAGUUGUUUCUGUUGUCUCUGCAAAAAUUGC